AUGGAGAACAGAGUAGCCACCAUCCCAGAAUCAGUACAAAGAAUACGACUAAGAGACCAAAUCUACGUCAAGCAUACGACCCCCAAGGGACAACACCCAGACAAGAAGCACGCCCUGGGUCACAAGGGGACGAUGACACCACCCCGCAGGGAACUGGACGAUCCCAGAGUCCACAGGGAGAAAGGAAAUCACAGAGACUGUGAAAUGUUGUUGAGUUGUGUGGUUCUGUAUGUCACAGACAGCAGCGGCGAGUCGGAAAGCUCAGAUGACAGUGACAUCGACGGAGAGACGGCCUCCGCUCUGUUCAUGAAGAAGCGCACGCCUCCUAAACGUGGAGGACGCGGCUCUGCAGGCAGCUCCAGGACCGGCAGUUGUCCCGGGACACCAUCCAUUGACCCUGCCGCCACCUCCAAUACACUCCGUGCUGCUGCCAGCAAGCUAGAGCAAGGUAAGCGACCGACUCCGGGUCCUAGCACUGACUCACCAGCUGCCAAAAGGCUGAAGAUGGAGCCCAGCAGUCAGAGCCCUGUUCCCUCUGUGAAGAGUACGCCUCAACCCCCAUCAGGCAAAUCCACUCCUAGCUCAAGUGAUGUGCAGCUAACAGAGGAAGCGGUCCGGCGCUACCUGAUCCGUAAACCGAUGACCACCAAAGACCUGCUGAAGAAGUUCCAGACCAAGCGCACGGGUUUGAGCAGUGAGCAGACCGUCAACGUGCUGGCACAAAUCCUGAAGCGCCUCAAUCCAGAACGCAAGAACGUAAACGACAAAAUGCACUUCUACCUCACCGAAUAAGCGAUGGAAGAGGGGUAUGGAGCGGCAGGGGUGGAGAGGAUGGAGAAGGGAGGAGACGUGCUGAAAUUAACCUCUCCUGUCAGAAAACCAUGACCCCUGGAAGAGGCUGUGUGUCCGUUUUAAAACCAGUUGUGUUGUGUUGCAGGAUCUGAAAAUACUACCCAUCGUCCUCACAGGUGGCAUUACUCAAAAAGUAUUCUGUUAAGCGUCUUGAAUUUGUUUUUCAUACCCUGAAAUCUCAUUAAAUAAUAGAAACCUUGUUAAUGUUGACUAAACUGAAUUUCUAUAGUUUUUUCUCCAUGUGUGAACAGUUGACUAGUAGAACCUAAUGAAUAAAAUAAGUAUGUUACUUGUUUUUCUUAGGUGGAAUUCUUUUCCCAAUAAAAUGUCAAAUCUGCA